CAGGAAUAAAAAACCCAGACAGUCAAUCAGCCAAGAUGCUCGGCAGCAAGACCAUUGACCAUGCGCUCUCUCUCCUCAAACAAAAUCCAUCCAUAACCCUAGGUCUAAGUCUGGGCGCCCACCGCAACAUCCAACCAGGCCAAUACAUCCCACGAGCCGACGCCCGCACCGCACCAGACCUCACCUUCCCCGUCCCCGACCCCAACCGCAUGUACAUGGUGGUUAACCUGGACCUCGACGCCCCCUUCCCGGCCUUCAGCUUCCUGGGCCCGAUCCUGCACUGGCUUCAACCCGGUCUCCGUCCCGUCCCUACGACGGCGACAUCGGCCCCGGACCAGACUACCUACGGGUUCGAGGUCACCGCCCCCUUCGUGGCGGAUUACAUCGGGCCCGGUCCCCCGCCCGGUAGCGCGCCGCAUCGCUACGUCUUCUUCCUGUACGAGCAGCCGGCCGGUUUCGAUGUCGAGAAGUACGCGUCCCAGGAGGGGAAGACGGUUGGUCGCUGGCCUCGGUUGCGGUACGACUGGGAUCGAUGGGUGCAGGAGGUGCAGUUGGGGGAGGUGGUGGCGGUGAAUUACUUCACAAGUAAUUAAUACUUGCGCUGUGGUGCUUGCUUGGGGAGGUAGAGCCGGUUCCGGGAGUGACUACCUUGCUUGGUUUGGGGGGCCGCGGGGCCUGUGGGGCCGGUACCGGGAUAAUAAGCCGGCCCCGGGUGGUAACUAGUUAUGCUGAUAAGAUAAGGCCUUCGCGAUGGGACAGCGUCAUGACUCGGCCACGAAUCGUCAUCUGCCCUCUCUCGGUCUCGGCGUCCUGCAUUCGAGCGGAAUGUCUGCGGUUUAUCAUAGCGAACUGAAAUUCUGAGCUUUUGUCUUGUUGCAC